AUGGUCGGACCAGUGACAAUCCUCCCAAACACGGCAUCAAUAAGCAUCGAGAAACUGCCUCUGGCUGCACAUGGUUUGUUCACUUGUCAGGCUUUCUAUGACAUUGAACAUGAGCCUAUAGUUUACUACUACUACGUACAUCUGACUGUCCAAGAUGGUCCGGAUGAACCUCAGAUAAAUGUGAUUCCAUUCCGUAUAACAAAGCAUGGAUACUCUGCUCUGGAGAAUGAGACUGUUUCCAUGUACUGUGAAGCCCAGUCCAAUCCAGGCAGUCAGUACAUCUGGUUUUACAAUGAUUCAAAAAUUUACACAAGACCACUCCUCACUAUCAACAAGAUCCUCCGAAGCCACACUGGCAACUACACCUGCAUGGCCCAGAACUCCCACCUCCACACCCAGUCCAGUAAAACCCUCAGCCUGACUGUUUACUACCCUCCAGAUGGCUCCCCCGUGUGCUCUGUGGAGUCUGCACUCAACCACACUGCUCUCAGGCUCCUCUGCUCCUGGCUCGGAGGAUUUCCCUCCCCGUCCCUCAACUGGACCGGAGACCCAACACAGGCAGGACAAAAACAGGUCGACACAGGGCAACAACCUCGUCUGACUACCAACGUCAUGAUGCUCCCGUCUGAGAAGCUGAAUCGUAACAGCAGCUUGUUCACAUGCAUAUCCCUCCCUCAGAACCGCUGUGUUUCACCAACGUGA